UUUUUUUGUAGCGUAACCCUUUAUAAUUAAACCAAGUCGCCAUGGCGAGCAGAAAAACUUCGCACCUACAACGGGACGAUUCAGACAAAUACUCGGUGCUGUUACCAACCUACAACGAGAGAGAAAACUUACCUCUGAUAGUCUGGCUUCUGGUGAAAUAUUUCGGUGAAAGUGGCUAUAACUACGAGAUCAUUGUCAUCGACGACGGAAGCCCGGAUGGUACAUUGGAGGUGGCAGAGCAGCUACAGAAGAUUUAUGGAGAGGAUAAGAUACUUCUACGACCAAGAGCGAAAAAAUUAGGCCUUGGCACUGCCUACAUCCAUGGUAUGAAGCAUGCUACUGGGAACUUCAUCUUCAUAAUGGAUGCAGAUCUUUCCCAUCAUCCCAAAUUUAUCCCAGAAUUUAUUCAAUUGCAGAAGGAAGGUAAUUACGACGUGGUGUCUGGUACUCGAUACAGUGGGGAUGGAGGUGUAUACGGCUGGGACCUCCGCAGGAAACUCAUCAGUCGGGGGGCCAACUUCUUGACUCAGGUGUUGUUGAGACCCGGUGCUUCGGACCUCACGGGGAGCUUCAGACUUUAUAAGAAGGAGGUACUGGAGAGUCUGAUGGAGCGCUGUGUGUCCAAAGGGUACGUCUUCCAGAUGGAGAUGAUCGUCCGCGCCCGGCAGCUCAACUACACAAUCGGAGAAGUGCCAAUUUCCUUUGUGGAUCGAGUUUAUGGAGAGUCCAAACUUGGAGGGAAUGAGAUCAUUUCUUUUGUGAAGGGACUGCUCACACUCUUUGCCACAACAUGAUCACUGUUUGGACGUGUGCACAGUGAUAAUUCUUCAAUAGUUGUGUCAGAGUUUUCACUAAGGGAAACUUACAGUGACAUGAUGGUAUAUGAAAAGAGGGACUCUGCUAGCACUCAUUUUGAAAACUAUUCUCUGUCAGUAACCGUCGUGAAUACUGGAGGAAAAUGGUGCUUUACAUUCCCAUCAUCUUGUUGAGUUGUUUUAGAACAUGGCACAUAGUUUUCUUCAUUCCCAGUAUAGACAGCAGACUGGUCUCUGCAUUAACACGGUUGUCAGAUGAGUUGAACUACAAGUUUACUUGCUCUACCUGUGAUUGUAUAAAAUAAACUGUAUAGUUUGCUCA